CUACAAGUUUUUUUUCCGUGCAGCUUGCAAUUUUGACCGAGAAAAAAACUCAUUAACCCCCGCGCCGCUCCGAUCUUCUUUUCCGGCGACGGCGGCGGUGGAGGCGGCGGUGGCAGUUUGGCUUCGCUCUUCCUUGGUCUGAGGAUCUCCACCCGCAGGAUUUGGUUGCCGUGCGGUGGUCGGCCGGCUAGGGCAGGCGGCGGGGCCGGUCUCCUCGCUCAUGCAGAAUCGAGUACAAUCCCAUCCUGCCGGAGCCUCGUCCUCUGCCUCCAGCGGCGGAGACGGCUCUGGUUCAGGCUUCUGCCUCAGUGAUAUAAUGGAAAUUGACGCUGGCAGCGGAGGAGACCACAAAGCACCGGGCUCCCCGAGGUCCAAGCAUUCCGCUACCGAGCAGAGACGUCGCUGCAAAAUCAAUGAGAGAUUUCAGAUACUUCGUGAUCUUGUACCACAAAGCGACCAGAAGAGAGAUAAGGCCACAUUCCUUUUGGAGGUGAUUGAAUAUGUCAAAUUCUUACAAGAAAAGGUACAAAAGCAUGAAGCAUGUGCUGGUGGAGACUGGAGCCAAGAAAAUACAAAAUUGGCGCCUUGGAGUAGCAAUCGAGUACCAGUUGACCUCAUGCCAGGUGUAGCACCCACAACAAAAAUUUGCUCUGCUGGGAACUUUCUGGACAACAGCAUCCCCACCAUGCCAGAAAUGCUGCAAAAUGCUGAAACGGUAGUAGAACCAGCCAAGUUAAAUGCAGAUAUUGUAGAAUCACAGUACCAGUCCCAAUGGCAAGAGCUUUCAUGUCCAGCGGAUUGCCUUGUGGACAGUGAAAUGAGCAAUGAAAAAGAAGAAUUGACUAUAGAUGAGGGUACCAUAACUGUUUCCAGCGUGUACUCCCAAAACCUAUUUACAGCUUUGACUAAUGCAAUGGAAAAUUUGGGCAUCGAUUUGUCACAAGCUAGCGUCACCGUGAAUGUCAAUCUGGGCAGGAGAGCAAUUUCCAGGUCUACUAAUAUAUCCAGUGCAAAGAAAGACAUGCCAGCCACAAACUAAAUCAUGCAAGGUACUGGGCAGGCCAAAAGCUGUUAGGAAUCUGAGGAAGCGUUGAAGAGGCGGUCUAGUAGGAGCCAUUUCCCUGGAGAAUUCUCGUCUCUGACUUGGUUUUUUGUAUAAACCCUUUCUGCUAUAUCUUCCUGUGGCCCUCCCUUGAUCCUCGUUGAUUGUAAAAUAAAUUGAAAUAUGUGAAAGCAUACUAUAUUAUGUGCACAUUUGUUGUAUAUGAUGUUA